AUGUCCAAAAAUAUUAAGACUGGUAACAGCCCCGAAGGCAUCAAUCCUGGUAUUACCCCCCAAAAAACUGAUUCAAAGAAACAAGUCUCUGACAAUGUUCCUAAUAGCACUGACUGUGGCAACAACUUCAAAAAAAGUGAUACAGACUGCCAUCCUAAGAACAACGACCCUGGCACUUCAUCUAACAAUCAUAGUUCUGAUUUUGCUCCCAGGGGCAAGGAUUCCAAUCACAGUGAUAAUGGCAGCAGUUCUAAGAGCAAAGAUACACAUAAAUCUGAUACUAGUCCACAUAGUGAAAACUCUAACUCAGGAACGUCAGGGAGUAUAGGUUUCUGUGUCGGCAAAGCCUCUGGUCUUUACCCCGUAUCUGGAAAUAAAAAUGCCUAUUGGAACUGCUGGAAUGGUAUUACCUACAAACAAAAUUGCCCUGAUGGUCUCGUCUUCGAUCAAACCUGUCAGUGCUGUAAUAAUGUACCUAUCACACCCGAUUCAUCCAAGAUUAAUGAUAACAAAGCAUUUUGCACUGGCAAAGCUAAUGGCCUGUACCCAGUAGAAGGAAACAACAAUGCCUACUGGAACUGUUGGAAUGGAAUAACAUACAAGCAAAACUGCCCUGUCAGCCUAUUCUUUGUACAACAUUGUCAGUGUUGUGAGUGAGUGUGAAGUAAAACCUUAGCAAUUGUCAAAGAUAUUAUUAAAAAAUGAAUAAAAAAUCAA